AUGGCCUUUCAACUCGCCUCGAGAGUAGGAGCGCAGGGGGCAGACCCCACACAAUCCCUCAGUACAGCAUUGGAGAAUUUUCAGAAUACCUUGACAAAGGAACAAAAGCGAGAAUUUGAAAAAAGCACCGCAAGACCAGAUAUUGCGAGUGUCAUAGAGUUUGUCGCAGAAAUCGAUGCUAGAAAUAGUAGCACGACGAGGCGAUGUGUGGCUCCACGGCUAUGUACCUUCUUAGAGGCUACGCAACAGUUCACCGGUGUUGUGGACUCAUUUGUUAGCUCUAACCCGACAAUCGCUGCUCUUGUCUGGGGAGGCAUAAAGACUGCUAUAUUGUUAGCAAAUAAUGUGGCCUCUUACUUUGACAAAGUCACAAGCAUGAUCAUGCGCAUCGGCAAAUCUUCUCCAACAUAUCAACAAUUUGGCCUACUCUAUCCCAGCUGUAUUGGCCUCCAAUAUGCCCUUUGUGAUUUCUACGCCAUCAUCAUUAAUCUGAGUGUUAAGAUCAUCGAAGUCUCCCGUCGAACCGCCUUUCAGCAAACCGUUUCGUCGAUGAUAAGCCCCUUUGAAUCUGAGUUUAAGCCAUUCCUAGAUCUGCUAGAAGGAGCUACAGAUAAGAUAAACCUAGAGGUAUCGCUCGCAUCAAAACAAGCAGACCAGGAAGCGAAGAAGCUGCUAGAAUAUGAGAGCCGAGAGAAUUCAACAUUCCGACCUUUGGCCCUAGAUUUCUACAGAACAUCACUGAAACAACAAGCCGAUGCAAACCAGUCGCGGAUGGAUAUGAAAAAAAGAGAAAUAGCAAAAUUGAAGACAAGCAUCCGAAACAACCUUUCUCCUAUCAACCAUGUCUGUCCUUGGAGGCAGACCAUGAAGCAACGGGUUCCAACCACCGCUGAGUGGAUUCAGAAAGAGACGGUCUUUGAUAUGUGGAAAGAUGAUCCGCAAACCGCGAUACUCUGGUGUUUAGGCACCAUAGGCAUGGGCAAGACAGUGCUUAUGUCUUAUGUGGUGGCUCAAUUGCAGUUACAUGCGGCCCGCAAGAGCAAUGAGAUCGUAUCCUACUACUUCUGCCGCGUCGACAAUGAAGCAUCCUUAUCUGCGAGGAACAUUCUUGGAAGUAUUGCUCGUCAAAUCCUCGAUACGCAGAUUGAGCAAAGCAAAUAUGGAACUUUACUCUCCUUACAGGAGACCACCCGGGAUCUUAGCACGCCUGAGGUCGCUCAGUUCUUGUUAUCUCAUCUGGAGGACGGUGAAAGUAAGAAAUACUAUAUUAUCCUGGACGGACUGGACGAAUGCGAUGGCAGUCAGGUUCAAGCUGCGGCAAAGGCUAUUGUUGAGCUCUGUAACAAUAAUACUGGUUUCAAAGUUCUCUGCGCGGGUCGACCUGGUCUUGAAAAACGGUUCAAGUCAACCACACUGCAGUAUCGGAUUAUGGUGAAUGAGAAAAAGGUCAGGUCGGACAUGGAUCGCUUCAUCACCAAGAUUUUGGACCAGUGUCUGGAAGAAGAGCUUUUGACUCUUGGGGAUUCAGCAAUCAUCACAGAGAUACACGCUACCCUAAGGGAAAAAGCCGAUGGAAUGUUCCUUUGGGCUGGUCUUUGCAUUGAAGAGAUUUGCGCACAGAAUUGUGACCACGACAUCCUAGAAGCACUGAAACAUCUUCCACACGGCUUGGCUGAGCUCUAUGAUCGAAAGCUCCGUCGUGUCCAAGAGGGAAAGGCGGCCGGGCAGGCAAUGAAAAUCCUACAAUAUUGCGGCGUAGUGAAGCGGCCAUUAACAGUUACGGAAUAUCGAGAAGCCCUUAGCCUUUCCCUCGAGCAGAGGUCUUUUGACCACCGAAAGGUCCCUAACAACAUGGAUAGGAUUAUCAAUGGUUGUUGCGGAUUAACAUUCGCCGAUGAAGAGGAAGACACCAUACACUAUGUUCAUCGUAGUGUGAAAGAACGUCUUUUUAUAACGAAUGGUCAACACAUAGCGCAAUUCGAUAUGGCGAGCAUCGACCGGCAUUUUGGGUUUCUUUCCAUGACAUAUCUGGAUUUCACGAACUUCAAGCGUCAGUUAACGAAAGUUAAGAAUGGCUCCAGUACUCCUAUCAAGCCAAUUCAGAUCGGUACUAGCAUUCUGCCCACCUACUCUUCCAGCAGAGUUACCAGUCAGAUGGCCCGGAGGCUUCUUUCCCAUAGUGGAAAACUGCAGCACUUCAGCACCCGAGAAGUGGAGAGGACGGCGCAAGAAAUAAUUGGAGAUAAAAAUUCCUCCCAGCUGGAGCCAGGGUUCCAGUUUCUCAAUUACGCCAGGGCUUACUGGCUCAAUCAUCUGACUAAUUUCACUCCGGAUACGAAUAGUAGUAUGUGGCGAUUGUUUUGCCGGUGCAUAGAAGGAGAUGAUGUUCCUGAAUGCAGACCUUGGGAGUCGGAGGGGGAGACCCAGAACAAGAGGAACGAUAUACCGGAGGCUAUACAAUGGUUGUUUUUCCAUGGACAUUACGCAUUACUUUCAUACUACUCAAGACAUCAGUCUCACGUCUUGUCCGAAAAGAUGAAAGAUAAAAUUCUUCGCAGCGCCGACAUUCGCAAUCGUUAUCGAUACACUGAAGUUCUAGUCCGCCUUAGCAAUACCAGCAUCACCUUGAAUCAUGGGUUGUCAUAUGCUGUGCUAGAUGGAUGCAUUCGUUCAAUAGCAGUGUUGCUCCAAGCAGGGGCUGACAUCGAUGCUCAAGUAAAUGGCAGAACACCCCUGCAAGCAGCAUCAGGAAGAGGUCAUCUUGAAGUUGUACAAGCAUUGCUAGCAAAAAAGGCAGACGUGAACGCAUCUCCUGCUGAACAUAAUGGCCAAACAGCUCUUCAAGCCGCAGCAGGAGAAGGUCGCCUUGAAGUGGUACGGGUGCUUCUAGCAGCACACGCUUACGUCAAUGCAUCUCCAGCUAAACAUAAUGGCCAAACAGCUCUUCAAGCCGCAGCAGGGGGAGGCCACCUCGAGGUGAUGAAGACACUGUUAGCAGCAAAAGCAGAUGUCAACGCAUCCGCUGCUGAAAAUGGUGGCCAAACAGCUCUUCAAGCGGCAGCAGGAGGCGGUCACAUCAAAGUGGUGCAGACACUUCUAGCCGCAGAAGCAGAUGUCAACGCACCUGCGGGGUUUAAUAACCGAACAGCCCUCCAGGCAGCAGCAGGAGGAGGUCAUCUUAAAGUGGUGCAGGCACUACUAGCAGCAAAUGCAGAUGUCAACGCGCUUCCAGCUAGACGUUCUGGUCGAACAUCUCUUCAAGCAGCGGCAGGAGGAGGCCACCUUGAAGUGGUGAAGGCACUACUAGCAGGAAAAGCAGACGUCAACGCACCUCCUACUAACUAUAAAGGCCAAACAGCUCUUCAAGCGGCAGCAGGAGGAGGUCAUAUUGAAGUGGUGAAGACACUGCUAGCAGCAAAAGCAGAUGUUGACGCACUUCCAGCUAAAGCUUCUGGUCAAACAGCCCUUAAAGCAGCAAUGGCGGGAGGUCACACUGAGGUGGUGCAGGCAUUGAGAGCAGCAAAAACAUAUGGCAAGGCCCCUGCUAGAUAG